AUGACGUCUAUAAACAUUGAAUCAUAUUUAGAAAACGAAAUACUAGUGAUAACUAAUGAUAGUAGAAUAUUUACGGGAAAAUUAAAAGGUUUCGAUCAGACGACAAAUAUCAUACUUGGGAAUUGCUAUGAGAGGAUUUACAAAGAAUCGUUGGAGAAAAUAAGCUUGGGCCUGUAUAUUAUUAGAGGAGAUACUGUGACCCUAAUUGGCGAAAUUGAUGAGGAUGUCGAUAAGAACAUUCUACACCACAAAAUCAAGCCAGUGAUGUUGAAACCGAUUGUACAUUAG